AUGUUUGUUGCAAGAGAAUUCGAAGCCGCCAAUGCCAAGUAUGUCGCCUCUUUCACAAAAGGCGACCUACAGCUACCUCCACAGCGAAAGGUAGCCGUGGUAGCUUGCAUGGAUGCACGUCUAGAUCCCGCUCGCGCACUCGGCCUCGAAGAAGGCGAUGCGCACGUAAUCCGCAAUGCUGGGGGCAGGGUCUCUGAUGCAUUGCGCAGCAUCAUUAUUUCACAGCAGCUGCUCGGCACUCGUGAGAUCGUUAUCGUGCACCAUACGGACUGUGGGAUGUUGACGUUCACUGACGAAGUCAUCCGCGACAAGAUUCGUGGGGAACUACACCAGAAUGCCGAUCAUAUUGCGUUUUUGCCGUUUGGGGAUCUUGUGCAGAGCGUUAAGGACGAUAUUCUGUGGCUGAGGAAUAGUCCGCUUGUUUUGGAUGUUCCGAUUACGGGGUAUGUGUAUGAGGUUGAGAGUGGGAGGAUUGUGAAAGUUGAGGAUCAGUGA